AUGGCCCAUCAUUAUCAAGAUGCUAUGGCAAUUAUUCGUGUUUUGGGUCCGCCUGAUUUAUUUAUAACUUUCACUUGCAAUCCAAACUGGCCUGAGAUUGUAAAUGAGAUAUCUACACGUGGAAUUCGUCGCACUGAAGAUAGACCAGACAUUGUAGCACGUGUUUUCAAGAUCAAAUUGAAACAAAUGCUUCGCGAAUUGAAGGAUAACAGGAAGUUUGGAAAAGUCAUUGCAAAUUUUUAUGUCAUUGAAUUUCAAAAGCGCGGACUUCCACAUGCGCAUAUUCUCAUAACAUUGGCUCUAGAAGAUAAGCCUAAGUGUCCAGAGGAUAUCGAUGUAAUUAUCUCUGCGGAAAUCCCUGACAAGGAUGUAGAUCCUUUGGCAUUUGAAACAGUUACCAAGAACAUGCUCCAUGGACCAUGUGGGCCAUGUUUAAUCGAUGGAAAGUGUUCAAAACAUUUCCCGAAGAAAUUUUGUACUGAAACCACCUUUGAUGAUAAUGGCUUUGUGCAGUAUAGACGUAGACAGCAUAGAGAGCCCAUCAUUGUUAAUGGAAGGGAAGUCGAUAAUCGUUGGGUGGUACCAUACAACAGAGAUUUAUGUAUUAAGUACAAUGCGCACAUAAAUGUUGAGCGUGUUGCUGCGAGAAGUGUGGUAAAGUAUCUAUACAAGUAUGUUACUAAAGGUCAAGAUCGAGCAACAGUUGUCAUUGAAAACAAUUCGACCACACGACGUGGUCAAGAGGUACGACAAGGAAACAUAGUGGAUGAGAUAAAACAAUACUUAGAUUGUCGAUAUGUAUCGGCCAUUGAAGCAUGCUGGAGAAUAUUUGAGUUUGAUUUGCAACAUCAAUAUCCUUCAACAGAACUACUUCAGUUUCAUCUACCUGGUGAACAAUUUGUAGUUUUCAAUGAUAAUGAUGAUCUGCACAUAGUCCUCGAACGACCGAGAUUGCAACAAACCAUGUUAACUAUGUGGUUUCAAGCUAACAAGGAUUUUCCAGAAGCAAAUCAAUACACUUACCAAAAUUUUCCUAUGGGAUUCACAUGGAAUCGCUCUACAAAAAGGUGGGCACAACGACAAGAAAGACCUUGCAUUGGUAGGUUGCCUUUUGUUCAUCCAAAUUCUGGGGAACAAUAUUACUUACGGAUGCUUUUAACUAAGGUUUGUGGAGCGGAAUCUUUUGAAGAUAUACGAACUGUUGAUGGUGUCAUCCACCCUACCUUUAGAUCUGCAUGUCAUGCCUUUGGGUUGCUUGAUGACGAUAAUGAGUGGCAUGAAACUCUGUCAGAAGCCUCUAACUGGGCAUCAGGUUCACAGUUGAGAAACAUGUUUUGCUCCAUAUUGAUGUUUUCAGAAGUAAGUGAUCCGAAACAGUUGUGGGAACAACAUUGGGGUGAACUUACGGAUGACCUAGAGAGAAUGAUGCAACGUCAAACUAGAAACCCUAACUUACGAUUAACUCCCGAAGAGAUGCAGAAUCAAGGAUUACAAGAGAUUGAGCAUAUAUUGAAUAAACUUGGAAGGUCAUUGACAGAUUUCCCUGACAUGCCACAACCUUCUUCAGAGUUAGCACGCAAUGCCUUAAAUCGGUUGAUAAGAGAUGAACUUGAAUAUGACACACAUGAUGAAGCUAACAGAUUUGAUACCUUAGUUAGAGGGUUAAACACGGAUCAAUAUAGAGUAUAUGCUGCAAUACUUGAUGCUCAUUCUCGAGAUGCAGGUGGCCUAUUUUUUGUCUACGAUAGUGGUGGGACAGGAAAGACAUACCUAUGGAACACUCUGAUUGCGAAAUUCAGAUCUGAAAGAAAUAUCGUGCUCUCUGUGGCUUCUUCGAGAAUUGCUGCUUUAUUAUUGCCUGGUGGUAAAACCGCACAUUCGACUUUCAAGAUUCCUUUUGAUCCUGAUCAACAUUCCGUUUGUAACUUCAAAAAAGACUCAACCCGUGCUGAUUUGAUCCGUGAAGCAUCAUUGAUUAUAUGGGAUGAGGCUCCAAUGACCCAUCGAUUAGCAUUUGAGGCAGUAGAUCGACAUUUUAAGGAUAUUUGUAGUGACAAUAGAGUUUUCAGAGGUAAAUUGGUUGUUCUUGGUGGAGACUUUAGACAGAUACUUCCCGUGGUGCCAGAUGAAGGACGAGAAUCUAUUGUUGCAGCUACCUUGCAUCGAGCGUCCUUUUGGAGAGACUGCCAAGUUAUGUGCCUAAGGAUAAACAUGCGUUUAUGUCGAAGUGACGUUCCCUCCGAUACUCUUGAACAAAUUCGAGAAUUUGCUGAUUGGAUAAUAAAAGUUGGAGAAGGAGUUGUAGUAGGAGUGCCCAUUACAGAGGAAGGUGAACCAAAUUGGAUUGAAAUACCACGUGAUUUUUUGAUAGCCAAUGAUGAACAUGGUUUGCAAAAUCUCAUUAACUUUGUCUACCCCAACUUGCCUUCAAAUUACACGGAUUGGGAGUACCUCAAGGAUCGCGGAAUUCUAGCACCAACAAACAAUGAUGUAGAUGAGUUAAAUUCGAAAAUUUUAUCAAUGCUACCAGGAAACGUGCAUAGGUACUAUAGUUCGAAUACUUUGGGUCAUACAGGAGAUGGUGGGAUCCUUGAUAACAUGGAGCCUAUGGAAUUAUUAAACUCAUUAAAUUUGUUGGGUCUUCCAAAUCAUUGCUUAGAGCUGAAAGUUGGUGCCCCAGUAAUAUUGAUGCGAAAUAUGAACCAAUCCAUAGGGUUGUGCAAUGGAACACGCCUUAUAAUCAAGAAAUUGGGUUACAGAGUGAUUGAGGAAAAAGUGAUCACAGGUCCUAGAGCUACAGAAUCUGUUCUAAUUCCGCGAAUUGAUUUAACACCUUCCAACAAGAAGAUAGAUCUCCCUCUUAAAAGAAGGGGGACGAAGUUCAAAUCACACUAUUUAAUGCUGAUUGGUAAAUAUAAAGAGAUCUUCAAACAAGGAAAGGUUUAUUCAAUUGCUCAGCUAGAUCUUAUGCCUCUAGAUACAUCUUACAAAUAUUCCAAUAACCAAAUGAGGUUGAAAUUUGGCAACAAGACCAUGAUAACAGAAAUUCUUGAUGAUUGUGAUGAUAUCCCAAGCAUGGAAACAAUGAGGCUAACUUUAUGGGAAGGGUUUGCUCAUGAUCAAGGUCGUUUCUUAUUCAAUGAGCUUAAUCAGGAUCAUGUGUUGGGUGCAUCCAUGGUAUCAGUUGGCUCCUAUUAUGGUAAAUGUCUUUCGACUGUUGGACGUACCAGACUUUUUAUUGAUCCUGAUAUUGAUGAAACUGACGAUCUACAUGGCUGGUAA